GAUUUUGGGCGGGGCUUUAACCGCAGAAGCGACUCGAAGGAAAGGAGGAAAGGAAACAAGUCUGUCCUUAUCGUCCCUUUCUUGUUCUAAAUACCUUUUGCCCCGAUGGCUGCCAGUUAAAAGGGGCCAGCGAGUGCAUUUAACCGGGCUUCCCAAAAUAUGAAGUUGUGCCUGCUUUGUGAGCAGCACGAAGGGAAAUAUCACAUCGGCGAGGGCGAGGUGGCGCUCAGGCUUUGACUCCUCGAGCAUCAUGCGACGGGCCUGGCUAUUGCUGGCCGCUCUGUGGCUUCUGUCUGAGCUUUCGGUCAUCACAGUCCAGGCGGCGCCAUGCCAGACCUGCCAGAAACUUGCGGAGAGAUUCAUCAAGGGCUUGGAGAGAACGGCCAACAAGAACUUCGGGGGAGGCAACACAGCCUGGGAGGAAGACAAAUUGGCCAAGUAUGCACACAGCGAGACUCGUCUCCUGGAGAUCGUGGAUACUGCAUGCGACAAGUCCGACUUUGAAUGCAACCAACUGCUGGAGCACAUAGAGGACCAGGUGGAGACAUGGUGGUUCCACAGGCAACAGGAGGCGCCAGACCUGUUGGAGUGGCUGUGCAUAGACCAGCUGAGACUCUGCUGUCCUCCUGGACGCUUUGGACCCGACUGCAAAGAGUGUCCGUCGGGCCCCGGUGGUGUGUGUGGAGGUCUGGGUCGCUGCGAGGGCGAAGGGACUCGCUUGGGAGACGGAGAAUGCGUGUGUGAUCCCGGAUACUCGGGCCCUCUGUGUCACGACUGUGCUGACGGCUACUACAGAGACAAAAGUGGCAAUGGCAGCACUGGAACCUGUGCAGCCUGCUUCCACUCUUGUAAGAAAUGCUCGGGGCCGCAGGAUUACAAAUGUCUGGACUGCAAAGCGGGCUGGAUGCUUCACGACAACAAGUGCGUGGACAUCGACGAGUGCGGAACGGAGCUCUCUCGUUGUCCUUCCAACACUUACUGUCACAACACGGACGGCUCUUAUGACUGCAGAGGGUGCGACCAGGCAUGUGUGGGCUGCAUGGGCAGCGGUCCUGCCCGCUGUAAGAAAUGCGCGCGAGGCUACAAAUUGAAAGGAGCCAAGUGUCUUGAUGUUGAUGAAUGUAGCGAACGUGCGAUCGCAUGCCCAGGACUCAACGAGGCUUGCAUCAACGAGGUGGGCUCCUUCCACUGCGACUGCGCUGACGGCUUCAUCAGAAGAGACAGCAUCUGCGUGGAGAAUAAGGCUCCCGCCGGCCCGGAGAAGGGACUGUUUGACGACAUGACGGAUGACGAGGUUCUGGUUCUGCAGCAGAUGUUCUUCGGCGUGGUGAUCUGCGCCCUGGCGACGCUGGCCGCCAAAGGCGACAUGGUUUUUACGGCCAUUUUCAUCGGGGGCGUGGCCGCUAUGGCCGGCUACUGGCUGACGGAGAAGGGAGACUACAUGUUGGACGGAUUCCUCAAGAGCCGCUAGGCGCGCACGCGAGCGGGAACUGACAACAAGUCCCCUGAGGCUGCAAAUGCUCCUCGUACUCGUGUUGAGUUGGGAAGUCACUAGAAAGGGCUUUGGUGCAUUUUGUUUUCAUCAAUGGGAUGAUGCAGCAAAAACAAAAAGCUAUUGAAGGUGAAAUCAAAGUACGCUGCACUCAUUUGAAAGUAACUGAAAUGAUUCCCUACCUCGACAUUGUUGGGCGCAAGGGUGAUGGUGCCACGACCACUACUGAUUGUUCAAACCACUUACUGUAUCACAACCUCCACUGCAAAGUGGCUGCUGUUUUUUAUUGAUUUUUUUUCCUCUAGCCACACAACUAUCAUGUGCACUUUUGUUCAAGCUCAUCACAACUCAAGCGGCAAUGCUUUUAUGUUUGACCUUUAGUGAUCGUGCAUGCCACUGAAAUGAAAAACGCGGCACUACAUGAAUUGUAUGUAUGUAUGUAUGUAUGUAUUUAUUUAUUUAUUUAGUGUCUUUGGCAUGGAAGACAGACGCAAGAUGGCAGCGCUGCUACAGCCACUCGGACUGUGUAGAGAGAUUUCCUGAGGUAAAGCCACAAUUCUGAUGAUGCAAGA